UACAACAGAUGGCGUAUUUGCGUUGUCUUUUAGAAAACAUCUUACGAAAUUGUUGCUGUAACAGGGGUUUGCUUUUUAUUGUACGAAUAUUUUGUAGAAGUUAGACUACUUAGCUAACUGAAUUUGAUAGCGCGUUAUCUAGACGUUAUCUAAACGUUAAUAGUUUUAGCGAGCUUUGUUGUUGAAAGCGAAACCACUAAGAAGACCUAACGUUCAUUUCAGUCUAAGCGUUGUCGAACUGUUCUGUAAUCAAAAGUGAUCAACAAGGGUUUUCCUGUUAGCGGUCUGCUUUUUUACCGACAUCGCGGAUCAAUCAACCCAUUCGAGGCAUAUACCAGAAAGGCUGUUGUCAAAUGGGUGCCCAUCGAAGUGAGGGACGGAGGGACUGGCUUCAACAAGACGACGUUGAACAGCCGCCUGUUCAAACCAUGAAUCCAUGGAACGUCAUGAUAAAACACAGACAGGUCCACCGAAGAGGCAGACGUUCACAGAUGACCAUGAGCUACACAGAUCCAGUUAUAUCCAUGGAUCUCCUGCGAACAGUUCUACAGCCCAGCUUCAAUGAGGAUAUUCUGGGAGUGUUCAGAAAAUACAUGAAGUUUUUUGAAAAAGCAGCCAGCAACGUGAAGGAGAACGUUGAGGAGGACGUCCAGACCGACCAGCUGAUCCGAGAAGCCUGCAGAAACUGCUUGGAGAAUGCCAAGCAGCUUUUCUCAGACGGAGAGAAAACCACAGUGGCAAGACCUGGCUUUGAGCCUCAAGUCAAGCGUCCAAAAUUGGAGGAGGAUUCAAGUCAACGGGUCAGCCCUAUUCCCAAAAAGCGAAAAGGGCGUCCCACAGUUCCUGUUGGUUCCUAUGACAAAUCUGUUACAUAUAGCAAUACGCCCAAGCCCAAGACCUCCGAGCCUGUGAAGCGUGAGGGACCAAAGUGGGACCCUUCCAGACUGAAUGAAACAAGCACAUUUGUUCUUGGGUCCAGAGCAAACAAGGCUUUAGGAAUGGGUGGUACUAGAGGACGGAUUUACAUCAAACAUGCUGACCUUUUCAAGUAUGCAGCUGAUGCUCAGGACAAACACUGGUUGGCCGAAAGACAGCAUAUGAGAGCCACUGGUGGAAAGAUGGCUUAUCUCCUUAUUGAGGAGGAUGUCCAGGACCUUUCUCUGAGUGACGAUUACAAGGAUUGCCCCGACCUGAAAAUGACCCCAGUUGAAUUAAAGCCUUUCACUGUUCCCUUGUGGAUGAUUGAGAAGAUGCAGAAGGCCAUGGAAGCCCAAAGUUCAGGCAAGGAAUAAAGUCCUAGUCUGCUUCAGCAAAUUACACCUUAGACAGAACUCUUCUUUUGACCAGAAAAAGUGCCACUUUGUCCUAGAAAAUCACUGGCGACUGAACUAUGUCUUUUCUGCCCAUGUAAUUUUGGAUGCAGUGUGAUUUUAUGCAGCAACUGAUCAGUGCUCUUUUGGUAAUGAAAUUAGCCCUUUUUUUUUUACUGUACCAGUAAAAGGGGCCCUAUGGGUCCCUUGGUAAUGGACAGUUCUUAUGGCAAGGGGGUGCAUUGCCCCACAUGAAAUUGUAAUUUCUACUGUUGUACAGUCAUUUUGUUUUCAGAUCUUACUAAACCAUUCUCAAUUUUAUAUGGUAGAAUAUGUCUCUACGAUGUCACUUUGCUGUGUUUAGAUUUUUUACUCUGAAGUUUCAAGAGCAGACUGGUGUUUUGUUUUGAUUUAGCGGACUGUUAUAAAAAAAAAAGGUGCUUUGUGAUCAUUUUGUUAUUGUGAAGUAAUUUCGAUGCACAAUAUCUAAAGUAUUUUGUAUGAGCAUAGUUAUAUUUUUUUGUUUACUUUUUGGGUGUUUUGGUUAUUUUAUUAUACUUCAGGCAUAGUAGACCAUAAUUUUCUAGCAAAGAAGUGAAUCAAACUGUAUCACGAAAUAAAGCUAUGGCUAUGUCUAGUUUA